AUGAUUUGCUAUUCGAACUCAGGUGAAACGCCUUAUGUUUACAAAGUAAACUUAUCGUAAAUCACACCGAGACUUCACAGAUAAGCCGGACAAAAAUAUGGUUUCCCAGUAAGGAAUAAGCUUAAAUUAUCGAUACACAACUCAACUCAAGAUAAAAUACGUUAGUUUUAGGUUUUAAAAAUGGUUUCCUUCAGAGAAUAUUGUGAUAUAGCGGGAUGAAAUGAUUUUCAUAAAGGAUUUUUCGAGCUUACUGUCAAGAUUUGAAUGAAAACAGAAAAAUGACAACAAAUUCCUAACAAAUCAUAAUACAAGGAAUUAAAUGCAUAUUUUUCAAACACCAAAAAUGCAUGACAAUGAACCAAUGGCCGCCAUCCAUGGUACACGAAUGUCACCUCACCAACAGAAUGAUGUCAGGAGCUCAAUUAUUAAGCGGCCUUUUGAACCAUUGGCGAAACCAACAGUAGAUACUCUACCUGAAAAUUAUAAGUGUCCGAGAUAUGACGAUAAAAUGGAAGAUGACGAUUUCAGUGACCAUGAUUCACAUUAUUCCGAAGACUUUGAGGAUUGUGAUUUUAAUCUUGAGAAGGAACAAGAAAAAACUCCUGAUAUUACUCAACGUCUGUUGAAUUUUGCAGAUAUGGUUAAUCAAGAUAUUAAAAAAUUCUUUGGGAGGAAAAAGGAUGACGAAUCAUGUGACAUUUACGAAGAUAAAUGGGUCGCUACGAAGUCUGGCAGGGAACUCUACUAUGCAGAUCUGUUAAGGAUAGCACAUGGUGAAUCUGUUGAAUUGAACAAAACAAUAAAAAACAUGUCUUUACCAAAUUCGCCAAAUAAUAAUAAUGACUCAAAAUAUCGGUAUACAGGGAAAAUGGACACGAAAGCCGGUCUCGGUCCAUUAAAUGAACUGUUUGAUUUUGGACUAAAAAAAAAUAAUACAAAGAAAAUCAAACGCCCAAAAGUUGAGAAAAAAAUUGACGAAAUAAUUCCUAUGCAACACAGAAAACUGCCAGACUCUUUUUGGAAAGAGCCAGGAACAAAUAGUGACUCAAGAUUAAAUGGAACAAAUGCUCUUCAAUCGUCGCGCGCACCAGACUUUAGUGAUCUUCUGCAAUCAUGGGCACGUGGCGAAGAAGAAGAAUUCAGUUCAAGUGAAAUGAGUAUUGGAUCGGCAGAGUCUGUCAUGGAACAAUUGUGAUUAUGAAAAAAUAUAUUGUCAGAAAGUGAAAACAAGCAAAUGAAAUAUUUAACAGGGUACAAAUAUUACCAGUGCAAUUUUAGUGAAUCCAUUUACAUCUCAAAUCAAAUUAGAAGUUUUAAUUAGGGACAUCUCAUACUAGUAUUCAUUUCCAUGACAAACUUUACAGAAUUGUCUAAUGCAUAUAUUAUAUUAAAAAGUAAAAUGUUCACAAAUA